AUGGAGUAUGCUGAGCCUAUUGCCUAUAUAUUUAUAACCGUCAUUAACAGCAUUAAAGAUCCUGAGGUGGCAGCAACCCUGAAACGCACAGUGGAGGCUUUGUUGGAGAAAGGAGCCGUGGUGAGGAAGUUGGAAAACCUGGGAGAAAGGACCCUGCCGUAUAAAAUCUCAAAGCAUAAUCAACGACACACAAGAGGAGGGUAUUUUUUGAUAGACUUUGUUUCCCCAACAGCAGCUGUUACAGAGAUGCAGGAGCAUUUAGGACGUGACAUUGAUGUAAUCAGGUCUACUGUUUUGAAACAUGAAGUGAUAAAGACUGAAGAAUGUAUGGGUAUAAUCCCAGUCAGCUAUGAAGAGCAACUGGAUAUGAAGAAGAAAUAAAGAGUUCAAAGCCAUUGAGACUGUUUUGCCACCUGAGUCCAGUUGUAAGCACACAUGGCAUAUGCAAAGUCAAUACAUAAUACUGUGACUUGGUACAUAUUGAUAUGCUAUUUCAGCAUAAUAGAGAUGUUGGCUAUUCUGUUGUGAAUUGAGCAAUUGGUUCUUAUUUGAUAUCUAGUGUGAAAACUGAUUGAAAGGAAUGUAUUUUUAAGUUUAACCUGCUGCUUGGAUUUCAACUGACUGAUUGCAACUGACUUAGAAAGGUAUAACUCUGUUUAGGUUUGCAAUGUUAAAUAUGUAUUCAGAACUAAGCCCCACUGAACAAAAGACAAUUAAGUUACAAAACCACUACAAAGUUGAGUAUAAAGACUAGGGCUGCCAAGCCGUGGCGGGGA